AGGAACCUUCCUCUUUCUCUCCCAAAAGACAAGGAUGUAGGAACCAGACAACCAGUUUUAUCUCUGCCUUGUUAUCCAGUGACUGGUUCGUACCACAAGAUCCUCUUCCAAACGAUAAACUGUCUGUGGCAACCCGGAAAGGAAAAUAAGGCACUCUUUGCUCUGAUCAAAUCACAGUGCCAGUCUGCAGCUCACGACACCGUUUAUAGGAUAUCCCGAUGGGGCAGCUCCUCGGCAAACUUCAUGGUAAGGAGUGGAGGCACAAGCAAAUAAGAUUGAUAACAGACCGGGUUUUUAAUCGCGUUAAAAAUGAAUCAGGAAGGGCUGAUCUGUCGUUCGAAGAUCUGUACAUUGCUGUCCUACUUGUCUACAAUGAUAUCAAUAAGCUGUUGCCUGGUCCCCAUUUUGAUCCACCCUCCAAAGAUCAAGUCAGAACCAUGAUUCAGGAGUGUGACCUCAACCUUGAUGGGGGAAUUGACCAUGAUGAAUUUGUGAAGUUUAUUCAGCGGCUAACAGCAGACACAUUCAUUGUUGUUAGUCAGGGACUGAUACUAACUUUGAUUGUAGCACCUACAUUUGCAAUGGCAACAAAGAAGGCUACAGAGGGUGUCCCAGGCGUUGGAAAGGUGGUUCAAAAACUACCCAAUUCAAUAUAUGCCUCCCUCGUCACUCUUGCGAUCGUGUGGUUCCAAAAUGCUCGCCAGGACCUUGACUAGAGACUUUAAUUCUGUUCAUCCAAAAUAUCUCCACUCUGUAUCAUGCACUAGCUGCCUUCUAGUUGUUUUCUUCGUGUUUCAUGGAAUGGAGUGUUGUAUUUGUUUAUGUCUUAUUAAUUACGACGAUAACAUUGUUACUUCUGUUCAGUGUAUUGAUUAGUCAGUCUGGAGUUAAGUAGUUAGCUUGUAAUACAUUUUAAAGAUAUGUACUAUAAAUUUCAUAAGCCUUUUCCCUUCCUCA